AUGUCUUCUGCCGUCAUUAUAAUUCCACGUCGGAUCCAAUGGGAACCUGGUUAUUUAUUUCAUGAAACUGAAAUGCAAGUUAAUAGCGAAUAUUAUAAAAUAGAUGAUAAUCAUCCCCAAUUAUUAAAUAAAUGGAAACUUGCUUCAGACAACAUAGAUAAUAAUUUAUUACAUGAAGGAUUACCUCAAGUAAUUCACUAUUUUAACAAAAUGAAUAUAAAAGAAGUAGAACCCACAACUCAAAAUAUUAAUGGAAAUAUAUAUGAAGAGGAUUUAAGUGUUGUAAUUGAUGAAUUAGUUAAUCUUAAUUUUAAGAAGAUAAAUGAAGGAAAAGAAAGAGUAGUAAGGAAGAAGCAAGUUUUUAAUUGUAUUAAUAAUUAUAAGACAAAUUCACAAGAAAUUUACAACUGGCUUAUUAAUAAUCAAAAUAAUUCUAAUUCAGUUUAUUUACUCGGAUAUUUUAAUUAUAAUGGAAUUGAAAUUAACAUUGAUAUGCAAAAAGCAUUUGAAUUAUAUCAAAAAGCAGCAGAACUAGAAAAUGAUGUAGCUCAAUUUGAACUGGCUAAUAUGUAUAUUGAUGGAGAGGGUACUGGUUUAGAUUAUGACAAAGCUUUUAAAAUCAUUAACAAAUUAGCAAAAAAAGAAUGUCCCUGUGCAAUAGUUCUGUUAGGAUAUUGUUAUGAAAAAGGGAUCGGAACAGAUAUUAAUGAACAAAAAGCAAUUGAGUUGUAUCAAAAGGGAGCAGAUUUAGGAAGUUCUAGUGGAAUAAAUAAUUUAGGAUGUUGUUAUAAUAAUGGAAUUGGAACUGAAGUUAAUAUGCAAAAGGCAUUUGAAUUGUAUAAAAAGGCAGCAAAAUUAGGAAAUGAUUUUGCUCAAUAUAACCUUGCUUUAAUGUAUGAAAACGGUGAUGGAACUGAAAAUGAUAUGAAUGAAGCAAUUUAUUGGUAUGAAAAAUCAGCGGAGCAAGGAGAUCCGGAUGCUCAAAAUAAAUUAAAUUUUAAUGAAAAAUGUUGGAAUUUAAAUCUUUCCAAUAGACCAACCAUAAUAAUGCUUGAAAAUAUUAUAUCUGAAUGGAUUAGAUACAUUGAUAAAUUUUAUAAAAUAAACAGGAAUGGGAAAUAUUUAUAUAAAGUACCUAAUAUUGAUGAUCAAUUAAAAAGCGAUAUACUUGAAUUUGUAGAAGUAGACAAAGCUUUAAUGCAAGAACAGGCAAUCGUUCCUAUUGUACAAUCUCAUUCACAAGCAUAUUAUACAAGUCACAAACUUACUGAAAUUUUAAUUCAAGAAGAGACUCAGGGUCUUGAUUGUAUAAUUGUAGAUUAA